GCCUGCUCAGCCUGCUAUCAGCCGGCCCGGCCCAACCCGGCCUCCGUGCUCCGCUCCGCUCCCAGCCAGCAUUCUCACAGCCAGACACACACUCGCACUCGCUCACCGACCGAGGACGAGCGAAGAGCGACGUGACCAAGUACUGCUGCGCAAGGGGAAGUUUAAGGAAAGGGGAAAAAAACAUUUCGUACGAAACAAGAAACUCUAGUGAACUCGCGUGUGAUUUAAGUUAAGUGAACAUUCAAGCAAGUGCUUUAAACAUUAAGAACCAACAACAACUCAACCCCGUGUCCGUCGUCGUUUUAAUAAAUUAGUGCUGUGAGACCGUGUGUUCCCAACUGUGAUAAAACAUCAAGAAUUAAGGAAAACGGAAGGUGUCAUUUAUCAUUUUCACAAAGUUCGAAAAAAAAUUUGUGCAACGCGAGUGGUUGGAUAGAUUGAUGGUGCAGCGUCGUGCACAAGAUGGAUCUACUGUGUUGUGAGUCUGGUAUCGAGACUGAGUGCCGUGCGUACCCGGACCCCGCCCUGCUCAACGAUGACCGUGUCCUGCUCAACAUGCUCGGCCAGGAGGAGAAGUACACCCCGACCACGGCCUUCUUCACCUGCGUGCAGAAGGACGUGACCCCGCAGAUGAGGGCCAUCGUCUCCAACUGGAUGCUCGAGAGCUGGGAGCUGCUGGUGCUGUCCAAGCUCAAGUGGGACAUGUCCGCGGUGACGCCCCACGACUUCUUCGACCACAUCCUGAGGAGGCUGCCCGUCGACACGACCGCCUGGGACGUCGGCAUGAUCCGGAGGCACACCCAGACCUUCAUCGCCCUGUGUGCGCGAGGUGAGCAUCUCUGCCAGCCGUAGAAUUUCGAAUUUUAU